UAAACAUCGACUGAUAGGAUUAAGGAUAAGAGAUUCGUUUGUAAAUUAGUAUAAUUUAUCGUGAAACCAAAGGUUUAAACUGAAGUAGGCAACCAAACAUAAAAUAUCAUGUUAAAAAUGAAAUAUCUGCAUUAAAUACUUAUUGAUUUGAGGGUUUCGUCUAAUAACUAUUCGUUUUUGAGUAUAGCUCACUUCUAUAACUAUGGGUUUUGGAAUAUUCAGAUAAUGUUGAAUAUAUCCUCCAAAAGCGAUGCUUGUAGUAUUGAUGUUGCAACUAAACCAAUAAAAUUUUUGGUGAACUUAUUUAAAAGAAAGAAAGCUAAUGCUGUAAACUCAAGUAACAUGGAAGCUAGUAAUCACUCAGUUGGUGUAACGCGCAUUCCCUCCACUCUCUCUGUCAGGGAUAUAUUAGUGUCAACAUACCCUGCAUCCCCUUUAUCUACUCCUGCAAGAAAUAGAGAUAUUAAUACAGAUAUGGAAGCUCUAAGAAUCUCCCGACAUGAUAAUCCCUUUUUGAAGCAAGUUCUUGCAAGUAGAGAAAGCUUAGCAGACAGUUUGGAAGAAUCAGAGUCUGAUGACACCAACCUUAUGUCUCAGGAGUUCCUAAGUGAAUUAGAUACAGAUCCCUUAAGUUUACCUGAAGUUCAUGAGCACAUGAUUAGAUCUCCUCCUCCUGUUUCAUGGCCAAGAUCUCCAAAUUUUAAGAUGUUCCGUUUUCCUAAUGAGGAUGGUAAUACAAGUCAAGACAGUAUUGGCAGAAGGAGUCCAUUGUCUCGAUGUGUAUCCCCUAAGCAAGAGGUUAAAUCUGAAUCUAUUCAAGAGGAUUCUCUUACCAAAAGUGUCAAUACACUUCUAUCUCCAAGGCUUAUUCUUCCAUCUAGACCUCAUCAGCGGUCCAGCAGUGAUGUCAGAGAGAGAAAUUUCACACUGUUGACUCCAGCUCCUCUAAGGUCACUGACAGAUGUUAGACGACUACGAUGCGAUGAAGAUAGUCAGCAGCUAGUUGCAUCCGAUAAUGUUCACCAAUAAAUAAAUGCAUCCAUUUUUUGCGUCUCUAUAGCCAUUUUAGGGAUUUAAUUUAUUUCCAUAGAGGAUUAUGUUCAAGUAUUCUAUUCUAGUCAUGUAUGAGUUUCUGAUAUUAAUUUAUUAUUUUAUUUUUAUAACUUAAAAAAAGAAGAAAAAUGUUAAAAAGCAGUUAUAUCUUUCGAUCAUAAUUGUGCAAUAUAUUAAUAACAUAUUUCUUCGAGUACAGCAAUAUUGUUUACUUAUUUUCGAUAAAAGACAUGUUAAGCAUCGAAUGUGAGUUUAAAAAAUUAGCCUGAAUAGUUAUGUUAUUAUUAAAUUUAAAUCAAAAAUAUAGAAAAUUAACAUGACAGGGAGUUAUCUAGUCAUUAAGUAAUUAGUUUUCAAGCUUACAGAACUUGUUGAAAAGUCAUAAUUCCUUACAUGGCAGGUUCCAUGGUGCAUUCCUCAUCAAUCGUAGUAAAUUAUAGUAAUAAUGCGAAUAGUCAUUACAAAUCUCAGUUUUAUAUAAACAUAUGUAUUUAAGUCAGCAAUAUUGUAUAAGAGGUUGUAGCAUUAGUUGGGGACAAUUUUUCUGUGGGAUCAUUGUGAUUUAUUAUACUGAUCAAGUGAUGAAAUUUCUAGAAUUAGUACUUAAAAUAAAGUAGCUGUUAUUAAUUUAUUAUUAUGUUGUAUACUGUUUUUCAUAAAGUUGAGUACUGUUUUGAUUUAUUUAAUAGUUUAAAAAAAAUCUUGUGAUAUUUUAUGUUGGUAAAAUCUAAUUUGUUUUGUUUAUAAGAUUUUAAGUAUUUAAUGGGAAUCUGUUGUUGCCUAUAGUAUUUAUGAGGUCAUGCACAUAGGGAGAUGCCUCAUUAAUAUGUACUGUGUAUGUAAUAUUUACUGAAAUGGUACUAAUGUUAUUCCUAAGCUUGAAAAGCACAAGGCUAUAAAUAAAUAUUGAAGCGGUUCUACUUUUUUUUAUAAGAGGCAAAUUUCAUGUGCACGGCAAUUGUUAAAUUAUCUAUUAUUUAUUAAGGCACUAAAUUAUUUUUGAAUAUUUAUAUAUAGAAAGUUUAAUGCUUAGAAUUAAUAAUGAGUCUUCUAGUUUUUUGUAAUGUGUUAAAAAUGUUUAGAAAUUGUUGGCUCUUGACUUAUAUAAAGUAACGCACAAAACAGCAUAAUAUUUUUAAGAUGAGUAACAACAAUUAUUCCUGUUAAGAAAUUAAAUUAAAUUUGAAAUUUGCAUAACCUUUUAUUUAUUUAUUUUUCUAUCAUGAACCUAAAAUUCUGUUUUGUGUUUUUUAUGAAAUAAACUUAAUUUUUUAUGUACUUAGAGUUACCAAUUACAUCCUGUAAUUGUUAAAGGACUUUGUAGUAUAUAUAAUUCUUAAAGCUGAAAAUGUUAUUAGAUUAUAAUUUAAUAAAUUCCCUGGGUUGAAAAGUAACAAAACUUUUUUUGUUGUAGAUCUUAUUUAUUUUUUAAUUUUAGAGAAAAAAAAAC